GGGGCCUGCACGACCUGUCAGACGUGUUUUAAUUAGAGGUGACUCCUGAGUCGCGUGGGACAGCUUGAGAAAGAGAGGAAGAGAGAUAGAGCCCGGCCUCCCUUUACGCGGUAGACAUUGUCUACUCGCAAGAUGAACGAUUCCGGCUACGGAAGACGUAGAAUGAGCAACGAUCGGCGUGGUAACGUACGAGAUGAAGAGGAGAACAUGGAUAAUCGAAGCAAGAAUCAGGACACGAGGCCUGCGACUCUUAAACGGUUGGAUAGCAUUCAGGAUCCGGGGAAGAGGUACGCGUUGAAGGAUCGCAUCGGUGACGGCGUAUUCGGCGAAGUCUACGAGGGAAUCGAUCAGCAAGCUGGAAAUAAAAAGGUUGCCAUUAAGAUCCAAAGGUUCACGCCGGAAUCACAGUCUUUAAUCAUGGAGGAGUAUCGUAUUCUUCGUGACUUCGCCGGCCAUCCGAAUCUACCAGACUUUUACGGGAUAUAUCGCAGACGAUCCUCGAAGAAGUCCGAAUACGACGAGAUAUGGUUCGUCAUGGAGCUGUGCGAAGGUGGGACGGUCAUCGAUCUGGUCCGCGGGAUGAUCGCGAGUGACAAGAGAAUGCGGGAGGAGCACAUCGCCUUCAUCUUGAGAGAAGUGAUCAAGGCUUUGAUCCACCUGCACGAGCACAACGUCAUCCACAGAGACAUCUGUGGCAGCAACAUCGUCCUGACGAAGGAAGGCGACGUGAAGCUGGUGGACUUCGGGCUCUCUAAGACGAUGAAGAACGAGCUGGAGAGGCGACACACUUGCAUAGGGUCGCCGUCCUGGAUGGCGCCGGAGGUCGUCGCCGGCAAGGGCAACAGGGCCGACGGCGGAUACGACAGCCGGAUCGACGUAUGGGCGAUCGGCAUCACGGCGAUAGAGCUGGCCGACGGCAAGCCGCCCUUCCAAGACAUGCAUCCGACGCGAGCGCUCUUCCAGAUCGUCCGGAAUCCGCCGCCGACGCUCUACCGGCCAGCCAACUGGUCGGAGAAUCUCAACGACUUCAUCUCGGAAUGCCUCGAGAAGAAUCCCGAGAACAGACCGUGCAUGAUGGAAAUCAUGGAUCAUCCCUUCUUGUCGGAGCUGCCUAAGAACGAUUACCCGUUGACGCAGGAGAUUAAAACGCUGGCGAUGGACGUCUCGGGAAAGGGCAGAGAAGAAAGGAAAAUGGAGUCGAUCGUUCAUGAAAGCUUCUUGAAGACUCGUCAAGACGAACCACAGGAGCAUAUGCUUACGGAAGAUCUCGCGGCGCUCGACAUCCUGACGGAAAACGUGAUCCUGAAUGAACUUAACGAAAGAUUACAGCGGGGCAAAUACCACACAUUCGUCGGAGACGUUCUAUUGAUACUCAACCCAAACGAGGAACAUGAUAUCUAUAGCGCUAUGCAUCACGCGAAGUAUCAAUGCAAGUCGCGAUCGGACAAUGCUCCGCAUAUCUAUUCCGUAGCGGACAGCACAUUCCAGGAUGUGAUGCAUAACGAAGAACCGCAACACAUUUUAUUAGCCGGUGAGAGCAAUUCCGGGAAAACCACGAAUAUGCUGCAUCUGGUGGAGCACCUCACGUUCCUCGGGAAAGGCAUGCAAGACACCGGAAAGAGAAUAAUGCGAUCUAUAAGAAUAAUUCAAGCGUUCACGAACGCGUCGACACCGCUGAACGCCAACUCUACCAGAUGCAUCUUACAGGUGCAGACGACCUUCGGCUCGACCGGCAAAGUGUCGGGCGCGAUAUUCUGGUUAUAUCAGUUGGAAAAGUGGCGUGUCUCCACUCGCGACAGGAAUCAGUCAAAUUUCCACGCCUUUUAUUAUUUCUACGACGGCCUCCAGGCGUCGGGGAAAUUAAAUAUAUAUAACCUACCAAGCGGAAGAAGGCUUCGAUACCUCAAAAUAACCGACAAGAGCACCGAGAAGAAACGAGCGUUCAAAAUACGAAACGAUCCGCAGAAUAACGCACUCAAAUUCGAGGAACUUAUGGAGGAUCUCAAAUUUAUGGAUAUGGAAGAUCAGUGCGAGACAAUUUGGAAAGUCCUCGCAGCUAUCCUGAUUCUUGGAGAAAUUCGAUUCGUCGAGGGCAAUAACGGGGAAGCUGAAUUGGACAACGAUGAAGCUGCUGACACAGUGGCGGAGCUUCUUGGUCUAGACCCGAAAAAAUUUAUUUGGGCUCUCGUUAAUUACUGCUUAAUCGUGAAAAGAUCGGCAAUGCGCAGGAAGCACACUUGGGAAGAAGCGAAGGAAGCACGAGACGUUUUGGCAAAUACUCUUUACCAACGUUUGGUGGACUGGAUAGUCAAUAACAUUAAUUAUAAGCUCGCGAUGACUCGUAGCCUUUAUGGCGAUAAAUAUUCCAUCAGCAUUCUCGAUCUCUUCGGGUUCGAAUGUUUCUCGGUGAAUCGACUGGAACAGCUGAUAGUGAAUACGAUGAACGAGCAAAUGCAAUACCAUUACAAUCAAAGAGUAUUCGCCUGGGAAAUGCAAGAGCAGGAUGAAGAAGACGUACCCAUGCAACGCUUGCGCUUCUACGACAACAAGGAAGCGAUCGAUCAAUUGAUGAGCAAGGAGAACGGCCUCUUUCAUAUCAUCGACGACGCUUCGCGGCAACUGCAGGAUGCUCAGUACAUCCUCGAGAGGAUCAGAGAGCGUAAGCGUGGUAUCUACGUGAAACCGGUGGGCUCGCACGAGUUCACAGUCGCCCAUUACACCGGAAAACUGGUAUAUGACGCCAGAGAGAUCGCCAGCAAGAAUCGGGAUUUCGUGCCGCCGGAGAUGAUCGGCAUGAUGAGAUUCUCGUCGUGCGAUGCGGUCAAGCAGAUGUUCACCAAUAAACUCACCAAGUCGGGCAACCUGACGAUCGUUCAGGAACAUUGCGCCACGAUGGAAGAAACGUCGAGGAACAAGUGGAGUGCUCUCAUACAGGAAUGUUCGAAGUUUCGAAGAUACAAUACUGCGUCCAGGGGACAAUACUCGCAGACGCGAAAGAUGCGAACGUGCACGUCGAUAUUCAGAGCUACGAGUCUCGAGAUCCUGAAGAAUCUCGCGGUGGGCGCAGGAAGUGGUGGUAUGCAUUUCGUUAAAUGCAUUCGCUCCGAUCUCGAGGACACUCCUCGUGGUUUCUAUCAAGAUGUCGUCAAACAGCAGAUCAGAGCGUUAGCGGUUCUGGAUACAGCGAAAGCUAGGCAACGCGGUUAUCCCUGUAGGAUAUCCUUUCAAGAAUUCCUCCGAAGGUACAAGUUUCUAGCCUUCGAUUUCAACGAGACAGUCGAGAUGACGAAAGACAACUGCCGGCUGCUUUUGAUCAGGUUGAAGAUGGAGGGCUGGAUCAUCGGUAAGACUAAGGUCUUCUUAAAGUACUACAACGAGGAGUAUCUGUCGCGUUUGUACGAGACGCAAGUGAGGAAGAUCGUAAAAGUGCAGUGUAUGAUGCGCGCCUUCCUGGCGCGCAAGAACAUCGCCUCGAAGAUCACCAACAUUAAGAAGGAAAUCGUGAAAAAAACGUCGAUCAAGAGGAAAAAUUCGAUGCUCACGAAGGAUGAAGCGGCACUGAUGAUACAGAAAGCGUACAGAGGGCACAUGGUGAGGAAAGAAAUAAGCCCAUUGAUGAAGAAUGAGAUGAGCCAAGAGACGAAGGAUUUCAUCAAAUUCUACAGCAACAAGUGGAGAUCGAAGAGCAUAUUCCAAGUCCUCCUACGGUACCGUGCAGCCCGCUAUCAAGACUUUGUGCAGUUAUCGCAACAGGUUCACCUAUGCAAUCAAUCGAUAAUGACAGCCUUGGAGAGCAUGAAUAAUCGGGUACCUCUCGAGAAGGUCGACCCAGGCGCUAAGGUGGACGCUUACAUAAGCGAAGUGAAGCCACCUCAGGUGUACAAACUACCCUUCGACAUGCAACAAGAGCUGUCAUACUUCGAUACGAGCUACAUGAACGACCCCUCGAGCGAGAAAAUGAAACGUACAGGAUCUGUGUCGUCGGUGAGCGACGACGAGCACGAGCCGUGGGACGCACCGUUGCGCAGGCAAACCGUACCAUGGGCCAACAGCAACGUUCAUACGAGAGACGUUGAGGUACAAACGACCAAUUCGCCACAUCGCAUGUCUCUACAUCGCGCUUCAGUCGGCGGGGAGCAAAGCUUGAUCAACACUCCGUUCACCAGGGAUCCGAGUGUCCCCGUUCAAUGUCCACCGGAGGAUCUAUCCCGCCGCAACAGCAACAACCCCGGUUAUCAACCGCCUCUGAGCAGAUACAGCUCCACGCAAUCCUUUGAUUCUCAAAUUCCUUGUUCCAAUAACAUCGAUCACACUGGACCAGCGCAGUACAGAAAGAAAUCGCAGCCGUCACCGAAGCCGUUCAAUCAAGGGCAAUCAUCGGCGCGCAAUUUCAACAGCUACGAGUCGGACAUUCGAAACAGAAACGACAUCGAUGAGAUCACAGACUGGGAGUUCGAGGAUCGUCAUCGAGUCAAUCGUAACGUCGACAGUAACAUUCGCAUGAAUGCCAUUAAGGAGCUGGAGAUGAUCGGCCGCAGAAAUAACAACGACGACAACGACGACGCACCUCCGUUCAACUUUCAGGCGAUGUUGCGGAAAACGCCUCAUCAGCGAGACUCGAUGAAACGCAAUCCUGUGUACGAGAGCGUCACACCGUCGCCGAUGCCUUACCGCCGCGACAGCGAAGACCUGUGCGUCGCCUACAAAAGCGCCGGUGAUCGUAAAGGUUCGCCCGAGUGGAGCCCGAACGAGAUGAUCCUCAUGUCGGAGAAGUACGCGAAGCAGGACGCGUGGGAUGAGGAAUGCGCCAACGACGGUGACAGCGUCACUACCGAGAUCGCACCGGGCAUUGUUGUCAAAGGCCACGUGGCUGAACUAUAAAGCAUCAGUUAACUCCAAGCGUGCUCGUUAGUUGAACUUUUUUUUUUGUAACUGCUAUACCUAAGAUUAUAAUAUAUAUCUGGGAGAAGAAAGAGAUAUCUGAUCAGAGUUUAGCGACAAUUUCGAAUGCAAUAACGAUUCCUAGGAAAACUGGCAGUUUCGCUUACCAGCCGAUCGUUAAAGCGAACGUUGAAUUCUGAAUUCAUGACAAAGUGUCAAAGAAAUAUAGAAAUAAGGAAGUAUGUAUCGAUAUAAAGUAAUUAUUAUGUAAUAGAGAGAAUGUGUGGAGCGAGUUUCCUUAUUAAUACAAAAAGAAGAUAGAUAUUCUAAGAAUAAUCUGGCUUGUCAAGAUCUGAAUUAAAUGUAAGAGAUAAAAAUAUAAAAUGAUGAUGUUGAAGCAACAUUACGGAGAAGAACGUGCACGAGUAAAUUUAUAAAAACAUGUUAUAUAUAAUAUCAAUAUAAAUACUAUAGAUAUAUUUCUCUUCAUAAAAAUUCUUAAACUAAUAUCAUUUUUAAUAAACAAACAACAGAUUACUCCCUCACGAUACGCCGAAAUAUGUUUUGUACUCCGCGCGCAUCGGUGACUUGAUGGUAAAAUUUAAAUUAAGAUGUUAAAUAGAUCGCUUUGCGUUAUAUACAUACUGGCCAUGCUUAUUGACUUAAGUAUAUAAAAUAUAAUGUAUAUAAAUAUAUGGAAAAAUCACGAUGCUUUAAGCAGUUUUUCAAACGGUUAUUUCAACAACAGAUGCAUACAUCACAGUAAUACGUAUAUAGUACGAAUACGUAUAGAUAAUACUACAUUAUCAUAUAUCUUUAUACAUUCAAAGUUGCUCGGGGACAGCUAUUUUGAUUCGAACGAAAAGUAAUAAAUAAUAAUACAACGUAAGUCUCUUAAAUUCUCACAUACACACACAUAUACAUGACUGUGGACGGAUAUAUUAACAUCUCUUGAAGUAACGUAUAAAUAUGAAUAAAAAAAAAAAA